GGGACCGGCGGGGAAGCCCAGCCCAGCCGAACCGGGCGGGCGGGCCUGGGCCUGGGCCUGGGCCUGGCCGAGGGGCCGGCGCGGGCCCCCGGGCGGGGGGAGGGAGGGGGGUCCCCCGAGGACUCGGCUCCCGCGCCGGCCCGGACCCCAGGCCUCUGUCCUAUCCCUGGGCCUCAGCUGGAGCAGAGCCCGCCCAGGACCGAGGUCCCACCCCACCCGAGCCCCGGCUCCCAGCCCGGCGCCACCUGGAGCCCCCUUCGCAGGCGAGACUUGCAGGACUUCCGGGACAGGGCCCCGCUCCCACCCGCUGGGCCUGCGGUGCCGGAGGGUUGCCCCCUUUUCCUGGGUGCCUUCAACUUGCUGUCGGCCCCAGGGCUCCGGUGCGCAGGCCGGCCUCAGGACGAGCCCUUACCUUGGGGCCGUGGGCUGCCCUGUAUCACCUUCCCAGAGCUGGCAGGCUGCCCGUCGCCGGCCGUGCCGCCACUGCCCUUCCUGUUGUUUCCAAGCUCUGGAAGGCUGCUGGCUCAGGUUCUGGGCGGGAAGGCCAGGCCCACAGGAUGUCUGGUGACCAGGAAGGUAGCCCUGAGGGCCUCAGAGGCCAUCUGCUUGGUGGACAGAGACCUGAGGCCCUGAGAGAGGGGAGGAGUGUUCUGGAAGUCUCCAGAGUGUUGUCUUCCUGAGGCCAGGGACAGCUGUCCCCCACACCUGAAGGCAGGGUGAGCUCAUCUCUGGGCACUCCACCCCGUGCCAGGCAUGCCACCGAGCCGUGGGGCCUGCAGGGCUCAGCACCCACUGGGCCCCAUCAGAUGCUCCCAGCAGCCCGGGCGGUGGGCAGGGCCAGGUGUGCCGGCCCGUUUUCCCCAAAGAUGUAGGAUGGGAUCUUAGGACAGUGCAUGAUUUGCCCAAGGAGUGGACGGCAGAGCCUGCCCAGGCACCCGGCUGUGCUCUCCCGGCUGGGCUCCCAUAGGGCUCCCAGCACCAAGAGCACAGGACCCCCAUUCGCAAAGGGCUGAGAGCUUGUCCUGGACAUGAGGUGAGACACGGCUCCUGUUGAAAUGGAUGACUUGGAGUCAGAAUUUAAUCUGAAAGUUGUCCUGGUCAGUUUCAAGCAGUGUCUCAACGAGAAGGAGGAGGUGCUACUGGAUCACUACCUCGCCAGCUGGAGGGGGCUGGUCAGGUUCCUGAACAGCCUGGGCACCGUCUUCUCAUUCAUCUCCAAGGAUGUGCUGGCGAAGCUGCAGAUCAUGGAGCAGCUGCGCGGUGGCCCGCAGCGCGAGCACUACAGCACCCUGCAGGCCAUGGUGGCCUACGAGGUGGGCAACCAGCUGGUGGACCUGGACCGGCGCUCCCGCCACCCCGACUCAGGCUGCCGGACGGUGCUCCGGCUGCACCGCGCCCUGCGCUGGCUGCAGCUCUUCCUGGAGGGUAUCCGCACCAGCCCUGAGGACGCACGCACCGCCACGCUCUGCGCUGACUCUUACCACGCCUCGCUGGCCUCCUACCACCCCUGGAUCAUCCGCCGGGCCGUCACCGUGGCCUUCUGCGUGCUGCCCACACGCAGGGUCUUCCUGGAGACCAUGAACGUGGGGUCCCCUGAGCAGGCCGUGGAGAUGCUGGGCGAGGCCCUGCCCUUCAUCGAGCGCGUCUAUGACAUCUCCCAGAAGCUGUACGCUGACCACGCCCUGCUGGACCUGCCCUAGGGGCUGGGGGGCCUGGGUGGGGUGGGCUUCCCCUGAUCCAGAGCUGGGCGGGGACAGCUAGGACCCAUCAGUCCCACCAUGGAACAUUCUGGGUCCCCCUGUGAGCUGAGCCUGUCAGGAGCCACUCAGUGCCUCCAGCCGCUGCACGCAGGCCGCAGACAGGCUUCAACAGAGAAGGCAGGUGCUGGCCAUCUGCUGCACACCCAGCCGCUCCCCCGCCCGGGCAUCUCUCCUUUACCCUCAGCCACGUUACCCCCAUGUCCAGUCAGGCCUCUCCCGGGUGGGGACGGGAUCAGUGUUCAUGAAAACCUCUGCCCCUACCUGGGGGCGAGUCUGUGACCCGGGGGAAGUCACGGGGCCUGGGACGCAGUGUCUGCCCAGCUGGGCUGCCUUGGGCCCCUCUGUACUGGCUGGCUGGCCCCAGGAGAGGAAGAGAGUACCUGGGCAGGGGUCAGCACUGCAGGCUUUCUCCUCACCCCUCGCCUCCUCCUUAGCCGGGGGCCCACGUGUCCUUGGCUGUGACAGCAGGACCUGAAGCCCCAAGGGAAGGCCUGCCUUGCCACGACCGCCCCGCAGCCCAGAGGCUGCACAGCACAGCCUGAGAGUCCCAGGAGCCCAGGACUGCUCUGGGCCAGUGCUGGCCUCUGCCUCUCCAGUGUCCACUGAGAUGCUGUGUUCCUUCCUCCCUGCCCCCUACUACUUUGUCCCCGUGGAGCUCAGGAGAGGGGCCUGGGCGGCUUUGCCUCAGUGACCGGCUGGCAGGUGCACACCCAGCCCAGCCAUGACCCAGUGCUCGGGCGCCUGUCCUCUCCCAUUGCCUCUUCACUGUGAGCCAAGGACCUCGGGUGCCGAGGGGACAGUAUCCACCAUGCAGCAAGUGCACGUAAGUGUGAGCUUUCAGGGACCCUUAGAAGCUGUAAUACGGGUGAUGGCUUUUCCAGAAUAAAUAAACUGCACUUACAGAACCA